CCGCCGCCUCCCCUCCUGCCUCGCUCGCGCGCUUUCGCUUCCCGCCUUCUUGUCCUCCCUCAGCAGCCGGCGAGUUCGGGGCGUCAGUGUGCCCGUCGUGAGGUGUCGGCUCUGAGACCUGCCCUUUUCUCCGAGACCAUGGAAAAAGAAAAACCGUUUAAAUUGUUCGUGCCGCCGCGCCUGAGCGGUGGUCAGGUGUCUGCAGUCAAACCCCAGGCGAGCGCUCGGGCGACGGGGCUGUGUCAGGGUUUUAACAAAUGCCCAGAUGAUGAUUUUAAUUUGCCGUUUGUAAUGAUGAGUACACCGAACCGUGGUGAAAUCACUGAUUCAGAUGCGAUUUCACAGCAAGUAAAACUUUGCUCUGAGGUAGAUGAAGAGAAUAUAGAAACAAUAAAUGAAUUGUAUUCAAAACUCUACAAAGAGGCUGAGAAGAUCAAGCGGUGGAAACUAACUGUAGAAUCAGAACUAAAGCAGAAAGAAAGAAAACUGCAAGAAAAUAGAAAGAUUAUUGAAGCACAGCGUAAAGCCAUUCAAGAAUUGCAGUUUGAAAAUGAAAAACUAAGUUUAAAACUUGAAGAUGAGAUAUGUGAAAAUAAAGAUCUUUUAAAAGAAAACAGCGCUUCAAGGCAUCUGUGUAAUCUGCUCAAGGAAACCUGUACUCACUUCACAGAGAAGUCCACCAAAUAUGAACAUGAAAGAGAAGAAACAAGACAACUAUACGUGGAACUUAAUAACAACGUUGAAAGAAUGAUAAUGGCAUUUGAAGAGCUUCGUGUGCAAGCAGAGAACACCAGAUUGGAAAUGUGUUUCAAAUUAAAAGAAGAAGCAGAAAAAGUGGACAAGUUUGAAAAAGAAUGCAAACUGGAAGUCAGUAUGAAGGAAAAGCAGAUUUCAGUUCUUACCAUACAGAGUGAUGAAAAAGAUGAUAUAAUAAGAGACAUCAAGACUCAGCUGCAGGAAUCAAAAAAUAAGAUUGCUGACUUAGUAGAAGCAAAAAGACAUGAAGGAGAAAUGUUAAAGGAAUCCCAGAUCAAUCAAGAACAUUUGAGGGCAGAACUGGAAGAGGCCAAAGUUUCAUUGCAAAAAACAGAGGUUACUCAAAAGAGCUUAGAAACUGAAUUGCAGACUGCAGUGAAAGCAUUAAUUCAGGUCACUGGAGAAAAAGAAGCACAGGUGGAAGAAUGUAAAAAAACUAAGGCUUUGCAUGCGUCCCUGAUAGAGGAGUUUGAGACUUCUAUUUCCAAUUUGAAAAGCUUGCUGCAAAAAGAGCAAAAUAGAUUGGAGAAAUAUGAAGAUGAGUCAAAGCUACUUACCUUGGAGCUCAGAAAUAAGUCUGCUGAACUGGAAGAGAUGACUAAACUAAAAUGUGACAAAGAAAUGCAACUUGAAGAGCUGUCAGAAACACUGGGAAAAGUUGAAGGACUUCUAGUGAAGAAGAAAGAUCUUGAGGCUACUGUAGAAAAUUUGCAGGAGAGAGAAAAAGAAACAAAAAAUGUUCUCCAAAUCAGAGAGAAAGAAGUCCAUGAUUUGAAAGUACAACUGACUAGUACAGCUGAAAAGGAAGAAAAUUAUUUAAAACAGCUUAUGACACUGAAUACAGAUCUUGAACAAGAGGCGCUAAAGAAUGAACAACUAACAGUGUAUAUCAAUAAGCUUUUAUUAGAAAAGGAACAAAUAGCACAAGAGAAAAGUGGUAUGGCUACAGAACUCAAGAAACUGCAAGAAAGUCAUGAGGAUAGUAGGAAAAAAGAAGAAAAUACAAAGCAGUUAGUUGAAAACCUGGAAGAGGCAAAUGGCCAGCUAAGAAAUGAACUGGAGGCUUUGAAGGAGAAGAUGGCAAAGAAAGGUGAAGAGAUUAAAAGUAAACUGGAUGAAAGAGAAGAAAAUGCUAAAAGUAUUGAAAAUGAAAUUUUGAGAAAGGAAAAGCAGCUGAAGAUUCUAGAAAAUAAGUUGAAUAAUUUAAAGAAACAGGUGGAAAAUAAAACCAAAUGCAUUGAAGAGUUGCAACAGGAGAAUAAGGUGCUGAAAAAGAAAAUUACUGCAGAAAGCAAGAAAACAAGUAUUUAUGAAGGGAAGGUGAAUAAAUUACAGUUAGAGAUGGAAAAUAUGAACAAGCAACAUAAGGAAACAGUUGACAGCUAUCAAAAAGACAUUGAAACAAAAAAAGUAAAUGAAAAUAAACUUCUUGAAGAGGUAGAAAAGAUGAGAUUGCUUGCUGAUGAAGCAACAAUAACACAGAGGGAAACUGAUAUCCGAUGUCAACACAAAAUAACUGAAAUGGUGGCACUUAUGGAAAAACACAAGCAUGAAUAUGAUAAAAUGGUUGAAGAAAAAGAUACAGAGUUAAAACUUUAUAAAAUAAAAGAGCAAGAGCAGUUAUCAUCAAAAAAAUCAUUGGAAAGUGAGCUGUCAUGUUUGAAAAGUGAACUGUCAUCCCUUAAGGAACAACUUAAAGCAGAAAUUGAAGAGAAGGAGAAUCUUGCAAAAGAACCCCCCCAAACUAUGGUUCCUGAAAAUGAAAAGAAGCACAAGAAAAUACAAACUCAUUUUUCUGAGACUCCCAAAGCUCAUUUAGAUCUGGACUGUGAAUCUAUUCAUGUGAAAAAUAAAAAGUCUCCAAAUGAUAUUCCUGUAAAAGUCAACAUGAUGGAAAAGAAAAAAAUGCCUCCUUCAGUAUCUGCAGUAAGUCCCUUGGGUAGUCCAUCAUUAAAGACAUAUAUUAUAAAGACUCCUCCAAUACAUAAACUGCAAAGUGAAAGCACAAAUCUGCAUUCAGAACAGUGCAUGAGGAAAAAGCAAAAAGUGCUUCUACGGCUGGAUGCUCAGUCAGAUAGCUCUGAACACAGUGACCUCCUGAGCAUAGUCUCGGAGGAAGAAAUGUUUAAAAAAUUGUACAAAGAUUAUCCUCAAGCUUCACAAUUAUAUGCCAUGACACCAAAAAAGAAGCCAGCUACAUCAAACCUGAAAACUCCAGGCUCUGUACUGAAACUUACAACCAUGAGGAAAAUGCGCGAGGCUGGAUGGACUGCAGUUUCUAAAAUGGACAGGAAAAGAAAAAUUAAGGAAGCUGAAAAGCUCUUUACUUAAAAUGAAAAAAUGACUAGUGCCCUAGCUUUAUUUGAUUAGUACAACCACAGUAUUAUUAUUCUU